AUGCCCCAGUUCCACGAUGGCCUUUCCAAGAACACGACGAUACCGAGCGUAAGCGGCGGCAUUCUAUGGGAAGACUCGGUGAACAAGCGGCUGUUCCUUUACGGGGGUGAAUACUUCGAGGAUCCACCGGCCGCCUUCGUUCUCUACAGCUACGAUAUCCUCUAUAACAACUGGGUGUCACUUGGGUCUCCCACUGGCGCUGGAAACGCCAAUGCAGGUAGUUAUGGUGCCGGAGUUUCGAUCUCAUCGAGGGGAGAGGCAUAUUACUACGGCGGAUGGCAGAGCAACGCUUCUGUGCCAGGAUGGACAGGUCCGCCGAAGGCUCUGAGCAGACUUAUCAAAUACGACAUGGACAAGAACUCCUGGAAUAGCGUCGCGGGCCCCGACAACGUCGGCAGGGCAGAAGGCGUGAUGGUCUUCAUCCCAAUUGGAGAUGCUGGAAUGCUGGUCUACUUCGGUGGCAGUCAAGACCUGGACGGCAAUGGGACCCUGACACCACAACCCAUGGAUGAGAUCUUUCUGUACGACGUCGCGAAUACGAAGUGGUACACACAGAAAACUUCCGGUCGUACUCCCGAAAUACGGAGGCGUUUCUGUGGCGGUGCGACCUGGGCCCAGGACCAGUCCAGCUACAACAUUUACAUCUUCGGCGGCGCAGGCUUCCCUCCGGAUACUACGGGAUACGACGAUAUCUACAUCCUCACCAUCCCCAGCUUUCAGUGGAUCCGAGGUCCGUACCCGGCCAACAGCAACGUCACGGGGGAAUUCCCCAAAAGCAUGAUGAGCUGCAACGUGGUCGACAACUCACAGAUGCUUGUCAUUGGCGGUUCCUAUUCCAACGAUACCACGUACUCAUGCGAUGCCGACAAUGUAUGGGGCACGCACAACAUGAACCUAGGUCAAGAUAAUGACGAGAAUGCUAUCUGGUUACGUUACCUGCCCAGUCUGACCACCUAUGCCGUGCCUACCGACAUUCUGACGGCCGUGGGUGGCCGUGACGGCGGCGGCGCGACACGAACGGCGCCGACAAGCGGCUUCGACGCCCCAGACCUCUCCGUCCUCAUGACACGCAAGGCGACGCCGGCAACUAGAACGCCCACGCGCCCCCAGGCAUUGCGGUUGGUUGCGGCGUGGCUCUCCUACUAG